AUGGACUCGAACGAAGCAAACUCAGCUUACUGUACGAAAAGAGUUCUUUCACAAGACGCCUCAGUGGCGGGUUUUGAUGAAGUCCAACAAGAAGCUCAGACAGAAGCUCAGAAGGAAGCCGAAUCGCGGAACUUUGCGGCCUCUCCCAUCAUCAUGAUAUCGGUUGGCAAGGAGAAGGUGACGUACAGAAUGCACAAGGCUACAUUGGUCAAAAAAUCGACCUUCUUUGCAAAAAUAUUUGCUUCUGGCAUGAUGGAGUCGCAGACACACGAAGUCUCCUUGCCAGAAGACGACCUUGAGACCUUUGAACGAUUUGCCUCUUGGAUCUAUGGACAAGACGAUACGGAGAGCACCGACGACAACUCUAAGAUGAUAAUGAAAUGCUGGGCGCUGGCGGACAAAUAUGGCGUGCCAAUGUGGCAAGACCAGCUCAUCACGAAGCUUAUGGACCACUGGAUCCCCCAUGGCAUACCCAUCUGUAAUGCCGCUUGGGUGCUGGACAAUGUCAGCUCCGAAACUCCACUCUCCAAAUUAGCGAUCGACCGGCUUGCGUGGGAUAUGAGAAAAUCUCCGCCAAGGUACUUCAAGGACGGAGAAACGGAAAUGGUACAAGACCUCGAUCUGCUGCUAUCCAGGCAUGACUUCCCCCUCUCGAACUUUUUGCACUUCGCUUUACUCAAGCCUUUCCUCGACGAUGGCUAUUACGAUCCGCCUGGAAGCAAGGGAUGCACGUACCAUGCUCAUGGGGGAGAUAUCAAAUGUCCUGUUGCGAAUCUACCUGGGUAG